AUGAGCGACAUCGACGACUCGGGCACAAACUUGUGGGGACGUACGGACGAGAGCGAGUUUUCGUAUGCGGUGGCGAUCCCCGGCACGAAUCAGCAAGUGCUUCUGAGGGCAGUGCAGGACCGAGACAUUUGUGCUGGCACGCCGGCGUUUCCAUCGCACGGCCACUGCGUGUGGGACGCCGCGUUGCUGUUGGCCGACUAUGUGCAGACAAGUUGUUGCGGCGCUGCUGCUGCUGCUGCUGACGAAGGCGACGGUCGAUUUCAGUUUCGAGGCAAGAAGGUGGUCGAACUUGGCGCUGGUGUGGGACUCGUGGGCAUGACACUGGCUAUGCUGGGAGCCCACGUAGCGCUCACGGAUCAGGACUACGCACUGCCUCUCCUGGCCAAGAACGUGGCCGUGAACUUUGCUGCUCCUGCAGUUGCGAGUCAGUCGGAUGCAAUUGCUACUGUACCGGUGGUGGAGAAGUGUCAGUGGGGAGAGCCAUUCGAGUCUUGUGGCACUUUGGCGUCGUGGACGAAGAGCGUCGACGUCGUGGUCUUCUCAGACGCGCUGUACCACGAAACAGCUUGCCUCUUGCUGAUCAAAACGCUGUGUGAAUUAGUGUCUCCAGCCACGGAUGUGUUUUUCAGCUUUGAGACACGAAAUGCUACGAUAGAAGCCAACUUUAUGCUGCAGCUCGAAGAAAAGUUUGACGUCGAAGAGAUCUCUCAUGCAGACAACGCACAGGCUUUUGCCAGAUUCAAGUAUCCGGACGAAUUAUUCGUGUUUCACGCGCGUCUCAAAGCUAAUGGCAAGACUUAG